GCAUACACAGAAAUGAAAGAAAAUGAAGAGAAAAGGAAAGACCUAGAAAAGAAAGAAAAGGAAAAGAAAUACCAAGCCCGAAAGAUGCAUUACCUCCUUAGCACUGAGCAGAUUGCAGGCAUCUACAAUUCACCGUUCAGAAAAUUCCCAGAUCCAAUGGAACUGCUGUUACAGAACUCAAAGCCAUUGAGCCACAGACGGCAGCAAGUGAAGAGUCCCUUUGCCUAUGAGCUCUAUGACUGGCCAACUUGCAGGAGACCUCCGACUGUCUUCACAGCACAGCCUCUGCCACCUAUUGGCAAACAGAAGCUUCAGGGGCCUUUCCGUGAUCCUGCCGAAGUAUUGAGGCAGCGCUACAAGCCUUUGGACCCAACCUUGCGAGUGGCAGCAUCAAUCAAUUCGCCACUAGAGAAGGCCAGAGAGGAAAUGAAAAGGGAGGAAUGGAGAAACCGUAUACAUGACAAUGAGUUUCUGCCAUUUUCUUCGUAUCGUAAAAAUGAGAAGUAUGACCCAUCAAUUUGUAGGUCAGGCAAAUAUGUCCAAGGAACUUAUGGAGUUAAACACUUCCGAGAAGUACAGCCUGAGAAGUGGGUAGCAGACAAGGACUUUCAAACAGUGUUACCAUCGAUUGUUCUCUUUGAAAAAUUUGGAAAAACUUAUUCCAGAGCUGGGCAAAUAGUGUAA